AGAGUUCAGGGUGGCUGGAUGCAUGGUCAACAAACUCUGAAUUUCAAGUAAGGGUGCAGCGAAUAAUCGACAGUCAAAAAUCAAUGAGCAAAUUAGUUGCCAAUGACUUUAAUUAUUAAUCAGCUGGUGACGUCAUCAGCUAUAAUGUGAGUCACUGCCUGACAGCGAUAGUGACACCGCUUACUGCGAUGGCAACACCUUCAUGACCAAAAAUCCCCCAAAUCUUAGGCACAUGAUACAAACAAAGGUUGUGAGCUGUUACAUUUGCAAAGCUGACCUUGCCUGGCAUGGAAAGACAUUAGUUAAGCUGGAGCACCUGAAGGGGAGACACACUGCCUCUCUGGAUGAUAAAGACUUGUCUUGUAAGCUUCUUAGCUAGCUAGCUAAUGGUAAAAGCUAUAAUUUGGAGGAAUUAAGCACCGGCUGCAACCCACAUCAGUGGUCAAGUGUCCAAUAGUUGUUGAGGCAUUUCAGCCUGGACCAAAGUGGUGAACUGACUGACCGACCAAACCAACAACAUGACCAUCCCUAAAGGGAAGAAAACAAAGAAUACCUGGAAAAAAGAGUGUCUGAAAGGUGCAUUGGUUUAAACUUUAAACUUUGUGCUACAAACGGACUGCUUCAUAGCUUAUGUAUUAAAUCAGGUAAUUAAAAAAGCUCCUCAUAAAAAUAAGGGUAUAAAACUCUCUCUAGAGAGAAAGUGAAUUUCUAUCCAUGACUGAAAGAAAGGUGGUAGGUCAACAAAAGGAUGUAAAGGCCCCCCCCCCGAGUUGUGCAUACAUGGCCCAUAAAUCAGUUUUGCAUGAUAAGCUUGUUAAGUACCUUGAAAAGAUAACCAGUAAACUCAAGAGUGAGGGGAAAAAAGGACUGUCAUCAACCCUUGUGCCCCACUCCACUCUAUAAAGACGCGUCUCUUCUCAGAGUGACAUUCUCAGAGUGGAGCUGCUUUAACAGACCCAGCAUCUUAUUUCUGACACUAGAUAAUCACCAGAGAUGGCAAAUGUAGACGGACUCAUUGAGCACAUAGGAGACUUUGGGCCUUUCCAGAAGAAGAUCGUUACACUUGGUUCAUUUCCGUUGAUACUUUUUGCUUUUGUACUCGUCGGGGCGGUUUUCUUAGGGUACACUCCAGAUCAUUGGUGUUGGAGUCCUGGAUCUGAGUUCUUCCGGGAGGAAUGUGACUGGACAGAGGUCGAAGUGCGGGAAGUCAUUGUUCCCCGCUCUGAACAGUCAGGAUCCUUCAGCCGCUGUGAGAGGUUUGCAGUGGACUGGAGCAAAAGCCACAGCAAAUGUAAUAAAUUUGACUGGAUGCUGAGUUCUAAUGUAACCCAAUUGGUGCCGUGUGACAGCAGAUGGGUGUUUGAUAAAAGCCGCAGCACUAUUGUCUCUGAGUUCUCUUUGGUCUGUGAGAAGUCCUGGCUCGCUGAUCUGAAUCAGGUUUUCCUGGCAUGUGGAUUUUUUAUUGGAGCUUUUGUCACUGGCUACUUGGCUGACAGGUUUGGUAGAAAGCCAUGUUUCAUUGCAUCGAUGGUUGGCCUUGGUAUCUCAGGUAUAGCGGUAAUGCUGUCUCCAUGGUACCCGCUGCUGCUUGUCUUUCGAUUUCUACAAGGGUUUUGUGGAAAGGGAGCAUGGACAGCCAGCUAUGUACUCGUGAUUGAGUUCUUUGGAUCAAAAAACAGAAAAUUUGUAUCCACCGUGAGUCGGACUUUCUACAGCACCGGCAUGGUCAUUCUGCCUGGUCUGGCUUACUUCCUGUCCUCUUGGAGAACUCUGCAGCUGGUCAUGAGUCUGCCCUGCCUCCUGUUUAUCUUUUACCACUGGACUGUUCCUGAAUCUCCACGUUGGCUGUUCUCACAAAAAAGAACCACAGAGGCGAUGAGAGUUGCUGCGGACAUUGCAAAAUGCAACGAGAGAUCUUUACCACAUAAUCUUCCAGAGAUAAUUCUUUUGGAGGAAAAGAAAGAAGUAAAUUCUGUAUCAAUAAUGGAUUUGUUUAGGACACCAAGUAUAAGAAGAAACACACUCAUUUUAACAUAUGCCUGGUUUACAAGUACCGUUGUGUUUCAAGGCCUAGUCUUACGGCUGGGGAUCACAGGCAGCGACUUCUUCUUGGAUUUCUUUAUCUCUGCUGUGGUGGAGCUUCCCACCGGCCUCAUCUUCUAUCUGCUGGUCGACAGAGUCGGUCGACGCUCCCUCAUGGCCAUCACCAACUUCAGCGGUGGCAUCGCCUGCCUCGUAGUCCCAUUCCUCUCAACUGAUUUUAUCUGGUUGAAAAAGUCGAUAGCGAUCACUGGGAGGCUCGCUGUUGCCAUUGGAUUUGAGACCUUGAACUUUGCAAACACAGAGAUGUAUCCAACAUCUCUCAGAAAUUUGGGUGUGUCAGUGUGCUCAUCAGCAGGUGACAUCGGAGCAAUUGUGGCCCCAUUUCUGCUCUACAGACUGGCUAGUAUCUGGCAGGAGCUGCCUCUCUUUCUUUAUGGUGCGAUGUCAGUGUUGUACAGUGGACUGGUGAUGAGACUGCCUGAGACGAAUGGAGUCGCGCUGCCAGAGACCAUAGAGGAUGUGGAGAAUCUAAGAAGGGGGAAAGACAAGUCAAAGGAUGCAGACAGCUUUAUUGUAUGAUCGAAGCUGUGAUGACCUGGAAUAUUACUGGUUUAUUUUCUAGAUAUGUGCUGCGUUUACAAAACGAUGUCCCAGUGAAAAGUACUGUGAGAUGUACUACAGUGGUUGCUAUCGCAGGCUUGUGUUACAUUAGAUUUUCUGAGGCUCUAAAUGUGUUAACUAGAGCCUUGAUGAAACACAGAAGGUGUUAGAAGAUCUAAUGAAGGAUCCAUAUCUUUGCAACCUCACACCUUCAAACUGCAAAUUUUUCACAGUGCAAUUAUGCUUAAAUAUAAAGAGGUGGAAGUCUCAGAUGUGGAUGUUUUAUAGAACAACAGGAGAACUGUUUUGGUCCGUUUUCUUGCAUUGUACAGGGCUCCAGAGUGCAGCCAUUUUGGUUGCAUACCUGUCAAGUUAGUCACACAGGUGUGCAUGACAUGUAUUAAAUUUAUAAACGUGAUACAGAACCAAAGUUCACGAGCGGAAGUUCUCAAAGAUCAGGUGCUGGAACAUUUCAGAUAAAAUCAUCAACAUAUAUAUAUUUAAUAAGUCAUGUAUAUUUAGCGCACCUGUGAGUGCUCAUGUGAUUCUGUUGCGCGAACCUGAAGAAGCCAUGGGCAAAACAAGUUGUUCGCUCUUAAUAGAGCACUCAGAUCCUCAAACCAGCAGCUUCUGGCUAUGCCUCGAUCGAGGCUAAAGGGCAAAGGGGAUUGUGCGUUCGCUGUGGCUGCACCCAAACUUUAGAACAGUCUACCUCUCUCCAUUAAGGAUUCCCCAUCUGUGGACACUUUUAAGGCUAGACUUAAGACCCACUUUUACUCUAAAGCUUUUGAGCGCUCCUGAACUCUUAUCCCCCUUUUUUUGUUGUUGUUGGGGUUUUUUUAGUCUUUUGUAUUUCCACUCUCCAAUUUGUUCCUCUACUUUUGGACUUGUGUACAUGGGACUACACAUUACAUUGCUACGUAUCUUGAUCUCUGCACUUUGUUAUUUUGUGAUUUUACCUUUACUGUACAGUACUUUGGUCAACCUAGGUUGUUUUUAAAUGUGCUUUAUAAAUAAAUUUGAUUUGAUUUUGAUUUGAUAAUAAAAUCACAGUAAUUCAGUUCAGUGAACCGUGGUUUAUAUCGAUGAUUUUAUUUGUUAUUAUUAUAUUUAUUUGGUAUCUUAUAAUCUCCUAGCAUAAAAGUUGAUUUUCAGUUUCAUAGCCUGUUGUGACUCGUUGAGUUUUGGUCAAGUGUUUAUUCAGUGUUUGUCCAGUGUAAUACAGAAGUGUUUAAAAUGUUUCUUAUUUUUAAAAUUAAAAUAGUUUGCCAAAGUUGCCAGUGAGCAAAAUGCUCUUAGUUCCCAGAAAGAGAGCCUACCUCUUACUGAACUGUGACUCCUAAACCGGGCUAUGAACCUAACUGUGACUUCGGUGCACCCUUACACAACUAGUUAAGAAAUUACAAAUGUAUAUGAGAACUGAAAUAAAUGCUUAAAAAAACACUUAAAAUGUAUUAUUGCGGCACCAAAAAGCACUGUGAAAAAUUUGGGGUGCACCUAAAUCAUGUGCUGGUGCACCUAAAUAAAAGUGCACACCAGUGCAACCAAUGUAAAAAGUUAGUCUGGAAACCCUUUGUUACUCAGUGGGAUAUCUCCAAAACUAGAGACAAUUUAACUGACGAGAGUCAACAUUCAAAAAGCCCUUUACAGCUUGGCUCUUGAAGAAUAUGUUUGGUGAUAUUUAAUAUUUUUCUGACAAAUCCCAUGAAAAGACCACAACCAACAAUGAACCGAUCCUAUGAACAAGUAGAGAUGUCCAGAGCCGAUCCUGAGGAGCAGUAUCAUGAGCAAAGAGCAGUGUACAAAGCGCAGCUUAAAUAAAUACACUUGGGGCAGAAAGUGUCAGACCUGGUAAAGAAGUCCAAAAGUAUUGAAAGAGAUUUUUGUAAGUGAGUGUUAUCUGACAUCAUUUAACUGCUACAACACACCAUAUACUUGUUUUCAAACUUAAAUGACAUGCACAUAUCAACCUGAAGCAACCCUACAGACACUGUUAAGGAACUUCUCUAAAUGCCCAUAACCCAAUGGUGUCAGAGAGGAUUAUUUCUCCAGAAAGCAUGGCCACGUCAGUCAAUUCAGUUCUGAUUCAGAUGCUGUAUUAUGAUUGCUUAACCGUUUUCUCUUAUAAAGAAAUCUGGAAGAUUACGUGACCUUGACAGAAUUAUUUGUUUCUAGUUUAUAAAUGCAAAUAAAAAGAAUUAUGCUGAUAAACUACACACUUGUACCUGUCUCUUAUAUAAAUAAUCAAAACAGAAAGUAUGCUACUAAAAGGCGUCUUCUCUGUACUUUCCUACAUCCAGACAACAAUAGUCUUGAUUGUUCAGUUUUUUAAAUGUUAUACUGUAUAUCUAAUUGAGGGUUUGUUUUGCUAAGGCUUUUGUUCCAUUGUAGGUUUACCCAGAAAGCUUCAGAGCAGCCAACAAAAGCUGCCCUACAUACAUGGCGCUGACUGAAUGGGAAGACAUGUAACCAUAAAUUGUGUUGAAAAUCACUGGUAUGCAUGAGAAGCGGGAUUCCUUCAAGCGUAAAUAUCCGUGUUGCUACGAAAAGGAGGAUGGAAAUC